AGGAGCGAGGAAGGGCACCAACGUCACAGCCGCCCAAGGACCCUACCGCUGGCAUUCCCGGCACGAGAUGGCUCAGCGGAGCCCGCUGCGCACGCGCACCGGCGCAAAAGGGCGCCAUCCCAGGCGAGCCACGGCGUGCGCACGCGCAGUGGCCUGGAGCGUGCUGCGCAGCGUGCUUUCCCGCGCGACGCUAACGGAGACGACCCGAGCCCGCCGCGCAAGCGCAAAGGCACAGAAGGGAGAACUCCCGCCCCUGCCGAGCCCCGGGACGCGCACGCGCAGUGGCGCAGAGCGUGCAGCGUGUGGCGCGCUCCCCUGGGCGCUGCGGACUCCGCGCCCGGCUUUCAGGCUCAGCUGUGAACCUUUGCUUCCUGGCCUCGGCGGAGCAGCCCUGCGGGUGAAGAAGGCCCAUGGCUGACAAAACCCAGGAGGCUGGUGGCGUCCACUUCCCUUUUCCCUUCACACCCUAUUCCAUCCAGAAGGACUUCAUGGCAGCGCUGUACCAGGUGCUGGAGGCUGGCAAGGUCGGGAUAUUCGAGAGCCCCACGGGCACCGGCAAGUCCUUAAGUCUUAUCUGCGGGGCCCUCUCCUGGCUCCGAGACUUUGAACGGAAGAAACGCCAAGAGGAGGCUCGUAUUCUUGAGGCCGGAGCCGCCCCCUUAAACGACGGGGAGGACCAGUCCCCACACCUCCCGUCACCGUCGUCCUGCCAGGAGACCCCAGGCACCCCGGGGGCAUCAGGGGAGCCCGACUGGGUCACGCAGUUUGUGCAGAAGAAAGGAGAGAGGGACCUGGUGGACCGACUCAGAGAGGAGCAGGUCCGGAGGAAGAAGCGAGAGGAGCGCCUGCAGCAGAGCCGGCACCACGCCUGGCUCAAGUCCGCCGCCAAGCGCCCGAGACAGGAAGAUGAAGAGACUGAGCGUCUCCUCCACCUGAGCAGGGAGAUGCUGGCUGCGGGGAUGGGCUCCGAGCAGCUGGACUCUGAGGAGGAGGAGCUGGUCCUGGCCGAGUACGAGAGUGACGAGGACAGAGCCGCGGCCAGCGGAGCAGACGAGGAUGAGGAUGACUUGGAGGAAGAACAUGUAACCAAGAUUUACUACUGCAGUCGGACGCACUCCCAGCUGGCACAGUUUGUGCACGAGGUGCAGAAGAGCCCCUUCGGCAAGGACACCCGGCUCGUCUGCCUCGGCUCCCGGCAGAGCCUUUGUGUGAACGAGGAGGUGAGAGGGCUGGGCUCCGUGCAGCUCAUCAAUGACCGCUGUGCAGAGAUGCAGAGGAGCAGACACGAGAGGAAUGGCAUCCCCGAGGAGGAGGAGGCGGCGGCCGGGAGGCGGCGGCGGCGGCGGCAGCAAGCCACCUGCCCCUUCUACAGCCACGAGCGGCUGCAGCUCCUCCGGGACGAGGUCCUGCUGGAGGUGAAGGACAUCGAGCAGCUGGUGACCCUGGGGAGGGAGGCUCGGGCCUGUCCCUACUACGGGAGCCGGCUCGCCAUUCCUGCAGCGCAGCUGGUGGUGCUGCCCUACCAGACGCUGCUGCACGCGGCCACGCGGCAGGCGGCGGGCGUCCGGCUGCAGGGCCAGGUGGUGGUCAUCGACGAGGCCCACAACCUGAUAGACACCAUCACCGGCGUCCACAGUGUGGAGGUCAGCGGCUCCCAGCUCUGCCAGGCCCAUUCCCAGUUGCUCCAGUACAUGGAACGAUACGGGAAGCGCUUGAAGGCCAAGAACCUGAUGUACGUCAAACAGAUCCUGUACCUGUUGGAGAAGUUCGUGACCGUGCUGGGCGGCAACAUUAAGCAGAACCCCAAUACCCAGAGCCUCUUGCAGGCAGGGACGGAGCUGAAGACCAUCAACGACUUUCUCUUCCAGAGCCAGGUCGACAACAUCAACCUGUUCAAGGUGCGGCGCUACUGUGAGAGGAGCAUGAUCAGCAGGAAGCUCCUUGGCUUCACGGAGAGGUACGGAGCGGUCCUCACGCCCUCCAGGGAGCAGCCCAGGCUGUCUGGCUUCCAGCACUUCCUGCAGAGCCUGCAGCCCCCGGGGACCAAGGCUCCUGCAGCCCCCGCAGCAGAAGGAGAGGACGGGGCGCCACGGCUUGCUUCCCCACUGAUGCACAUCGAAGGCUUCCUCGCGGCUCUCACCACUGCCAACCAGGACGGGAGGGUCAUCCUGAGCCGCCAAGGCAGCCUCAGUCAGAGCAGCCUCAAAUUCUUGCUCCUGAACCCAGCCAUGCAUUUCGCCCAGGUGGUGAAGGAGUGCCGGGCAGUGGUCAUUGCGGGGGGCACCAUGCAGCCGGUGUCCGACUUCCGGGAGCAGCUGCUGGCGUGUGCCGGGGUGGAGGCUGAGCGAGUGGUGGAGUUCUCCUGUGGUCACGUGAUCCCUCCAGACAACAUCCUGCCCCUCGUCGUCUGCAGCGGGCCCUCCAGCCAGCAGCUGGACUUCACGUACCAGAAGAGAGAGCUACCUCACAUGAUGGAUGAGACGGGACGCAUUCUCUGUAACCUGUGCAACGUGGUCCCAGGAGGGGUGGUCUGUUUCUUCCCCUCCUAUGAGUACCAGCGCCAGGUCCACGCCCACUGGGACAAGAGUGGCCUGCUGGCCCGCCUGGCUGUCAGGAAAAGGAUAUUUCAGGAGCCCAAGAGAGCAAACCAGGUGGAGCAGGUGCUGAUGGAGUAUUCCAGGUGCAUUAAGCGCUGCAGCCAGGUGGGGGGCAUGGUGACGGGGGCCCUGCUGCUGUCUCCACGCCCUCUUGAGCUGCUCCCUGCCGCCACCUGUUUUACUGGCUGCUGGCACUGUGCCCAGGAGGCCCCGGGUCUCACUCUGAAGCCUGGCCAUGUCACUGUCACAGGAAACACUAGGCAGGAGGCAGGAAACAACCCUGAUGGCUGUCCCCUUUGCCCUUCCCAGCCCAGAGCCCCAGGCCAGGCACCCCCCGGGAAGGCGCUGGUGGAGAAUCUGUGUAUGAAGGCCGUCAACCAGUCCAUCGGCCGGGCCAUCAGGCACCAGAAGGACUUUGCCAGCAUAGUGCUCCUGGACCACCGGUACGCCCGCCCACCUGUCCUGGCAAAGCUGCCGGCCUGGAUCCGCGACCGCGUGCAGGUCAAAGCCACCUUUGGCCCUGCCUUUGCUGCUUUGCGGACGUUCCAUCGUGAGAAGUCUGGCCCUUCCGUCAGCCUGCCCACUUGAGAUGGUGUCCGUCUGGGGCCUGGUCUGCAGGCAUCCUGCCUAAGAAGAUGAAAGCCAACAGGAGGAAGUGAGGCUGAUCCUGCAGAAACAGCGGGCCCGGCCCCCCUAGACCCGUCCCAUAGCCCGGCACUGCCCUCCCGGGGCCCGGGUCUGUCCCGCCUCAGCGUGGCCCAGCAUCCAGCUCGCUGCACGGAAUCCCGGCCGGCCUUUGUGACAGCUGCACAGGCUGCAGCAUCCCAGCCCUUGUUUCUCAGUGUCACCUUCUUAAAGGGGACACGGAGCAGGCCCUUCCUGUCUCUCCCUUUCUCACUAAAAUUAGCUGCUCUCAACCCUUCACCCCCUCCUGGAGAUGAAGAACGUCCCCCUUCUCCACCCUCUCCUGGUCACCUCAGCCACCCUCCUCCCCCAAGUCGUUAGGACCUGCCUGCUCCCGGCCCGCCAGCUCCCUGGCAUGGCUCCAGGUCCUCCAAGCCAGCGGUACCCUCCUCCCUCUCAGCUGCUUGAGCAGCUCCGAGACACCUUCCCCGCUGACAUCAGCAAUUACACCGAGGGCCAUUAGGCGCUCAGCAAGGCUAUUUUUAGAGAAACCGAGUCUGUCACUGAGAUGUGUUUUCCUGGGUGCAGAUACACCUCCUCCGUCUGCCCUUGCUGACUGCACCUCUCCCGCCCUAGUCCCCCCAGCUGAGAGCAGCGGGAGCGGGACAGGCCGCAGCGGAGGGGCGUCUGUGUUCCGCACGGUAGGGCUUCUUAGUUAAAGGCGCACUGCUGGCUUACACCCAG